GGAAACACUUAAGAUUUACACGUCUGCUUAUAAAUCACGUCUUGCCUUCCUGAGAGCGAGACCGGCAGAGCUGGGGCCACCUAUCCGACCUCGGCAGCUUCCACGCGUUUCCCUCUCUCACCGGAAGAACCGACUCGAGGGACGGCCGUUCUCAGUGAAGGGCGCUGCACUCGCUACUGAGCUGUGGCCAUGGGCCUGCUCGCCUUCCUGAAGACCCAGUUCGUCGUGCACCUGCUCAUCGGCUUCGUCUUCGUGGUGAGCGGGCUCGUCAUCAACGCCAUCCAGCUGUGCACGCUGGUCCUCUGGCCCCUGAACAAGCAGCUGUACCGCCGGCUCAACUGCCGCCUCGCCUACUCGCUCUGGAGCCAGCUGGUCAUGCUGCUGGAGUGGUGGUCGUGCACCGAGUGCACGCUCUUCACCGACGAGGCCACGGUGGGCCGCUUCGGGAGGGAGCACGUGGUCAUCAUCCUCAACCACAACUUCGAGAUCGACUUCCUCUGCGGCUGGACCAUGUGCGAGCGCUUCGGCGUGCUGGGGAGUUCCAAAGUCCUGGCUAAACGGGAGCUGCUCUACGUGCCCCUCAUCGGCUGGACGUGGUACUUCCUGGAGAUCGUGUUCUGCAAACGGAAGUGGGAGGAGGACCGGGACACUGUGGUCGAAGGACUGAAGCGCCUGGCCGACUACCCGGAAUACAUGUGGUUCCUCCUGUACUGCGAGGGCACGCGCUUCACGGAGAAGAAGCACCGCGUCAGCAUGGAGGUGGCUGCCUCCAAGGGGCUGCCCCCCCUCAAGUACCACCUGCUGCCUCGGACCAAGGGCUUCACCACCGCGGUCCAGUGCCUCCGCGGGACAGUCGCAGCUGUCUACGACGUCACGCUGAAUUUCCGAGGAAACAAGAACCCGUCUCUGCUGGGGAUUCUCUACGGGAAGAAGUACGAGGCCGACAUGUGUGUGAGGAGGUUUCCUCUGGAAGAGAUCCCGCUGGACGAGAAGGAAGCGGCCCAGUGGCUUCAUAAACUGUACCAGGAGAAGGAUGCGCUGCAGGAGGUGUAUCACCAGAAGGGCGUGUUUCCAGGGCAGCAGUUCAAGCCCGCCCGACGGCCGUGGACGCUCCUCAACUUCCUCGCCUGGGCCACCAUCCUCCUGUCUCCUCUCUUCAGUUUUGCCUUGGGCGUCUUUGCCAGCGGCUCCCCGCUCCUGAUCCUGACGUUCCUGGGGUUUGUGGGGGCAGCUUCCUUUGGAGUCCGGCGACUAAUAGGAGUGACUGAGAUAGAAAAAGGCUCCAGCUAUGGAAACCAGGAAUUUAAGAAAAAGGAGUAAUUAAUGGCUGUGAUUGAACACACGUAACCUGACGAUGGCAUCCAAUUAACUCAAUUAAAAGCAGAACAACACACACAGAGCGGGGGAAAAAAGACACUUAGAAACUAUUUUUCAUAUUAACUGGUGACUAAUAUUGACAAUAAAACUUGAGCCAAGAGUAAAGCAGUCGGAAGGCCUGCAGAUGGAGACGCCAGCCUCGCCCCUGCGCCGGCCGGGCGGGCAAGGCCGGGCCCCGGGGCGGGUGCUCCCGGACGGACACCCUCAGCUCCUGGGGCCCUGCUGCCAGGCGCCUCUGGACGCUUCUCUUCUUAACACGUAGGCCCCGCCCUGGUUUUUCUCAGUUGUCUUGGGAGCUCCCCGUCUCGCCCCAUCUGCCUGCAGCCCCCCAAACUCUUCGCCGCCCUUCCCCAGCCCCUGGGCACGUGCCUCGGGCCCCAGGCCCCCAGAGCAGCUGUCCUGCUUGGCUGGCACCUUCGCUUCCAGGCGGGCAGGGCCCUGGGGAAGUUCUCCAGCAACAAGCACACUGAGCGGCUGGCGGCCCCACUCCCCCCCCCCCCCCCGCUCCUAGUUUCCAGAGCCUCUUCCUACCUGAGCCUGCGGAGACCCCUCAACCCCCUCCCUGGCCUCCGCCCCCUCACUCCCUGCGGGAGGCCGUCACACCCCAGUCACCCUCCCCAGCAGGCCGGAGCCGGAGCGGGAGCCUCGGCCACAGCCUACAGGACCACUGGGUGCUUUGGAAAAGCAAUGUCACCGUCACCCCGUCUUCUAAAGGUGGCUGGAGACGGGUAACACAGAGCGCUCUGCUUUGAGAGGUUCUGUUUUCACGGUGGAUCUGUCGAUGGCGCUCGCCUUCCUGGUGGAAACCAGAGGUGCCGCGCCCGCCCUGCCUCCGCCCCCUCCCUUCUGAGCAGGUGCACGUGUCCCUGGGGGGGGGGCCGGUGGUCUCUGUCAGCGCCUCCCGGCUACAGGGUGGCCCCAGGCUCCCGUGGCCUGUGCUCAGCUCACGUCCACACAGCAAGCAUCCCGCUGACUGGGGCUGACUGGCAGAGAGGGGCACUCCCGGGGCUCCGGCUCCCGCUCCGCCGCCCUUUCCUCUGUAACCCGCGGCACUGGACUUUCUUCUUAAACUUUCAACUUGCUUUUGUAAAGUCACACUCCCCGAAUCUUUUUUAGCCAGGGAAGGAAACGAGCGGGCGUUAUUCUCUCUGAUGCACUGUAAGCAGCAUUCAGCACAGGGGCAGGUAGAAUUUUCUAGGGGGCGAAAUGGAAGGAAGAGGCAUGACGACCGCCCGGGACCCAGUCAUGCCCCGGCCCUCAGGACGCGUUCUGGGGAGACCUGUGGAAACAGCACGUGCCCUUUAUACCAACGACACUACUGAAUUCUCUGCGGGCGACCUUGGUGAAGGGACCCAGGUCACAGGGAAGCGAGCCACAGUCCUGUGCUUGCUCACGAGUGUGGUAAAUGCACGCCACUCCUGUGAGGUCCACGGUUAAAACAGCUUUGAGGAUUUUCCUCAAGGCGGGCUUCCCUCCACCUCAAAGCAUGUCCCCAACCCCCCUGCCAUGAGCAGCAGAGCCCAGGCGGGAAGGCAGCGCCUCGGCUACCUGAGGUCUUAUGUUCCUUCACCCAACACGCUGCUCAUCCGUCUCUCCGUGCUUAUGUCACUUGCUAAUACACUAACCCCGAAAAAGCUUAAAGGAAAAAGUCGAAGGGUCCUAAAUACUGUGAAGCUACGUUACCUGGAAAAUGCAAAUUUAGAUCUUUUACUAUUUAAUUAAUAGUUCUUGCUUCCCAGCUAAGUUCCCUCCCCUCGAAAUGAAUACCCAAUGUAUACAUUCUAUGUUGGGGCGAUGAGCUGGGAAGAUGCCUAGGUGAGCGAUUGAACCCGGGGGUAGGUUUUAAAUCUCGGCGACUUCCUCCUGAUUUAACACAGAUUAGCUUGUGCAUCUGAAUACCAAGCCCUUUGAGAGCAAUAAAAGUUACACCAUGAA